AGCUGUCCAGAUCUAGUCCAUCCCUGUCCAUCCUCGCUCCGGGGCCUUCCGCCAUGCGAUCACUGCUCUUGGCGGUGGCCUGGCCCGUGGCAACGGCCGUGCCCAGCGUAACCCUGUCGAAUGGCGUGGAGAUGCCGAUGGUCGCCGCCGGCAGCUGGCAGUACAACAGCUCAACGGCAUACAGUUCCAUCACAUCCGCACUGAAAGCAGGCUUCACCAUGAUUGACACGGCAUUGGAUUACCACAAUCAGGACGGGGUUGGCAAGGCCAUUGCCGAGUCAGGAAUUCCGCGGGAGAAGAUCUUUGUGGAGACCAAAGUGCCUGGUUGUGGUCUGGAUCCUAGCACAAUGAAUGUCUUCAAUUGCUACCAAGCUACAAAGAGAGAUUUAGAAACAGACUUGAAGCUAUUAAACCUCUCCUAUGUGGACCUGGUCAUCGUGCAUUUUCCGCCCAUUUCCUCGAUGAUCACGCGGUCCUGCAAUAGCUGGUCUGGAGGGUGUCAGAUGGUCAGAGCACAGUGGAAGGCCAUGAAUGAGUUCUAUGCGGAAGGCAAGGCGCGUGCCAUUGGUGUGUCCAACUAUUGCCCCAGCUGCUAUGACUGCUUAGAGUCAUCCAACCCUGUGAUGACACGAUUGCCAAUGGUCAACCAGGUGCAACUUCACCUCGGCAUGGGCACAGAUCCCGAGGGCUUUGUGUCCUACCACAAGGCCAAGGGAAUUCAACUGCAGGCGUACUCUGUGCUGGGGAAUUCCAUGACCCAUCAUGCCAGCUCAGAAAUUCUGAACGGCAACCUCACAACAUCCAUCGGAAAGGCUCACAACAAGUCUUCAGUCCAAGUGGCCUUGAAGUGGGUUAUUUCCCAAGGCAUCCCAGCGGUGACCAAGUCAUCCAGUUCGGAACAUUUGAAGGAAGACUUGGAUCUGUGGUCAUGGAACUUGACUACUCAGGACAAGCAGCUAAUGGAUGCCCACCGCAGCCCGAAAGGGUCGCCAUCCUUUGCAUGCAAUGCAGCGGAGGCAGUGCUUGUUUAGCUCAGGCGGCUGAGCAGAUUUUCGCACGACGUGUGAGACGUGCAGAAAGGCCCUUGGUGAUUGGAGCAGAGCUUUGUAUAUUUGAGUGCCCCAAUUCCCUUUGCCACUGCAACAUCUUC